ACCCACCAUAGCUGCUCUCCUCAAUGCUUGGGGUUUAAUUCGGAGUCCUCCCUCGAGCCUACGGAAACGCAGGAACACCACCUAUCUUUCCGGUGACGUGACUGAUGCGUGAAUUCACGGAGUUGACGAGAGCCCAUUGACGCAAGAGCUCUUGCAUUGUUUGGUGGCUCCCGUCAAUGGCACCAUAUGAUAUCUAGGCGGCUGUUCGAACUGAAUGCAGGAACUGAGUAGUCCUAAUGGGGAUGAAGUAUUACGUUACAGAAGAUGUUAUAGCGAACACUGGAUCAAGGCCUUACUAUAACAACGCCAAACUAGCUGUAAGGCUUCGUACCUACUGCUUAUCCCUGAGCUUGUCCAGCGGACAUGACUACAGAAGCAAUUGGCCUGCUCUUCAUUUUUCUCCUGUGGAUAUCUUACCGUUUACGUAAAGUUGGUAGUAGAGAGCAAGACCUCCCUCCAGGACCUCCAACAGUCGCCAUCAUCGGUAACCUUGAUAUUUUCCCGACUGUACAUCCCUAUCUCAAAUUAACGGAAUGGGCCAAGGCCUAUGGAGACAUUUAUUCGCUCAAACUUGGCCCCAAGACGGUGGUGGUCGUUUCCAGUCCCAGAGCAGUUCGUGAAUGUAUCGACUUGCGGGGCUCUACCAUGUCAGGCCGUCCAUAUAUGUAUGGGGUCGAGUUGAUAUACGGAGAUGCUGUAGAUUUGGUACUCGUGGAUUAUGGCCCGACAUGGAAGGCUCUUCGGCGAACAGUUCGUGAUGCUCUCAGUGGGGAGGCUUGCAUGAGGCACCUGCCCAUUCAACAUGCGGAAGCCACUCAACUUAUGUAUGACUUUCUGGAAAAUCCACAGAACUUUUAUACGCAUAUCUACAGCAUAGUCGAAGAUAUAGACAACGACAUGCGUCUAAUCGGGGAUCUUGUUAAGCCAGGCGGAACUCCCCCAAUCGAGCUGAUUCCAAUAUUGAGAUACAUCCCCGAAAGAUGGGCACCAUGGAAGGCACAGGCUCGUGAAGUUCGAGCUCUGCAACGCAGACUUUAUUUUGGUCUUCUGGACCUUUGUAUUGACCGCGUCGACAACGAGAAACGGAAUGGCUGUUUUAUUGAGGAUGUUCUGGAUCACCAAGAAGAGUAUGGCCUUGACUAUGAGAAAAUUGCGUAUCUGAUUGGUACUCUCAUGGUUGCCGGUGCAGAUACUACCGCUGUCUACCUGCGAUUCUUUGUUGCAUGCAUGGCUACGUAUUCAGAUGUUCAAGCACGGGCGCAGCAAGAGAUCGACAGUGUCAUUGGAUCCAGUCGCACUCCGGAGGUCGACGAUAUAGACAGCUUACCUUUUCUGAAGGCUGUUAUCAACGAGGUCCAUCGCUUCCGUCCAACAGCGCCACUUGCCAUACCGCACACAAAUACAGUUGACGAACGUAUCGGCAACUUCGUCAUUCCUAAAGACUCCACUAUUUUGCUCAAUGUUUGGGGAAUCUAUCGCCAUGAGGAUUAUUUCGAGAAUCCGAACGAAUUCUUGCCCGAUCGCUAUAUGAGGUCAGAAUAUGGCACCAAGCCCGGAGUGGACACAACAGGGUUGCGAAACGACUAUGGUUUUGGCGCGGGCAGGCGGAUUUGUCCGGGUAUGCAUCUAGCCAACAACUCAAUCAUCCUCAAUGUCAUGAACUUUCUAUGGGCGUUCAACUUCAAUGUCCCCAAAGAUUCUGUCACAGGAGAACCCAUUGCGAUUGACCUGGACAAUAAUACACUCGAUUUAACGUUGGGACCAAACCCGUAUGAAUGCGACAUUAAACCGCGAAGCGAGGCUAAGGCCAACAUGAUACGAGCCCGAUUUGCAGCCGCGGGUUCUACUUUUGCACUUUUUGACAAUCAAACAACGGUGAACGAGACGUCCAAGUCGAAAUAGCGAAACUGUCUGCAUCCACCGAUGUCGGUCAUUACCCAUAUCCAUGUCACAACUGUAAGACUCUACAUGUCGACUUGCUUUCUCCCUCUCCCAUGCCUGGCAAUCCACUCCUUCACUUUAGAGUCACCAACAGGACUCUCAUCGACUGGCUCCGUGCUUAUUGUAUAUCCUGCAUACUACGAAUACACGAGUUACUUUGUGCCU